UCAACCACCAAAACGUCACCGCUUCACUUGCUGUAGGGAUGACGCCCCUGCAUCCAUGGCAUCGUUUGACGCUAAAAAAUCUUGGUGUGUUCACGGACGCUGUUUGAAUCAUAGAUGAUCCAUUCGGUUGUUGUUAUUAAGACUGGCGGAUCGAACUCUGCUUCGAUCCUUUCCAUCCCAUCUACUUCAAGCGAGUGCGCCCCGUGAAGAAGUCCGCGGUAUUUUGUUUUGUUUCAUAGGAUAUACCAGCAGCGCGUAGCGAACACUGUCUGUCACAAUGCCUAAGUUCUACGGCCUUCGCGGCACCAAACUCAACAUUGCUAUUGCCGUAGUCGCCGGAACGGACUUUGCACUCUUCGGUUAUGACCAAGGUGUAACAGGCGGCCUUCUCACUCUCAAAUCCUUCCUCAGAUAUUUCCCUCAAAUCGAUACUGUGAACCCACCGGAAGGAAGCUCCUCAAGCCAUGCUGCAACUAUACAAGCAAUUACAGUCGGUGCAUAUACUUUGGGCUGUUUCUUUGGCGCCGUAGCGACUAUCUGGCUUGGUAAUAUGCUUGGACGCAAACGCACUAUUUUCUACGGCUCUGUUAUCAUGAUCAUUGGCGCGAUCCUGCAGACAGCCGCUUUUGGACUACCACAACUCAUUAUUGGGCGAUGGAUUACCGGCUUUGGUAAUGGCAUGAACACGAGUACUGUGCCUAUGUGGCAAUCAGAGACGUCGAAGCCUCACCGUAGAGGGCAAAUGGUCAUGAUAGAAGGCUCGCUCAUCGUCUUUGGCGUCAUGCUCAGCUACUGGCUUGAUCUAGGCUUCUCGUUCCUUGAGCCCAGCAGCAUCGCCUGGCGCUUCCCCAUCGGAUUCCAGAUUGCACUCGCCAUCUUCAUCCUCGUCGCUAUCCCUGGCCUUCCCGAAAGUCCGCGUUGGCUUGUUUUGAAAGGAAGGAAUGACGAGGCCCUCGAUGUAUUGGCCGCUUUGAGCGAUCUACCACCUGACGACAGGAGGAUCCAACAAGAGUUCCAAGAAGUUACAGAUGUUGUAUUUGAAAUGUCAAAGGGUGGGUUUAGGGAGUGCUUCAAGAUGAACCGAAACCGUAACUUUCAUCGGACGGUCUUGGCAUAUAUCAAUCAAAUGUUCCAGCAGAUAUCCGGUAUCAAUCUUGUAACGUAUUUCGCAGCAACUAUCUUCGAGAACAGCAUUGGUCUCUCGCCCUUCCUCAGCCGUCUUCUAUCAGCCUGCAAUGGUACUGAAUACUGGAUGGCAUCAUGGAUCGCUAUCUUCACAAUCGAAAAGUUUGGCCGACGCUCUCUAAUGAUAUUCGGUGCAGCCGGUAUGUCCAUGUCGAUGGCUGUAUUGGCAGGUGCUACGAGUAACAUAGGCAACUCAAGCACGGGUCUUCUUGCGACUGUAUUUCUGUUCGUCUUCAAUUCCUUCUUCGCCGUCGGAUGGCUUGGCAUGACGUGGUUGUAUCCUGCAGAGAUCACACCGCUAUCUAUCCGCGCGCCCGCAAAUGCGAUUUCCACCACUGCCAACUGGGCGUUCAACUUCAUGGUGGUAAUGAUCACUCCACCGGCCUUUGCAAACAUCGGCUACAAAACUUACAUCAUCUUUGCCGUAAUCAACGCCGCUAUGGUACCCAGUGUGUACUUCUUCUUCCCGGAAACUGCGUAUCGAUCGCUCGAAGAGAUGGAUGAGAUCUUCCAUAAGACUACGAGUGCAUUUGACGUUGUGAAAAUUGCACACGAAGUGCCGCAUCGCUAUGGAAAGCGGGGAGAGUUGCUGGUGGACUAUGCGGAUACGGAGGAAGCGCAUGAGGCGGAGAGGCGGAGAAGUUCGGUUACUGGGGCGGAGAUUAGACAACCCACUGGGGGCGUGCUAGGUGGGGAAUCCGAGAAGGACAACAGUGAGCAUCAUGAAAAUGGCUCGAGGCGCAAUGGCCUCUAAAGAGGGGUGAGGGAAAUUUCGAUGAGAUUAUAAGAAAGGUAACAGAUAUGUAGAAUGAUCACGAAUCGAGGAAUGAAUUACACCACAAGUUGAGGG